CUCCGGCAAAAGCGCCAGCACAAGGCGUACACAGGGCAAUGUGCUCUCUUUGACUUCGACCAUACCCAAGUGCCAAGGACACCAAAUCUGCCCAUUUCGCAACAAGCUCAAUCACAUAGAGCUUGCCCACCGUUAGAGUUAUGGGCGCUGGCGACCUUUGGCCUUCGAGGCGCAGACCCAACACAGUGGUCGUGUGGUCUUUUGCUAGCAUGUCCUUUUCCCGCACUCGAAUGCUCUUGCUCUUUUGGGCCUUUUGAAGAGACUAUGGCUUGUUGUACUCGGCCAGCCGAUGGCCGACUGUCCGCCCAUCCGUCCAUAAGUACCACUCUCUGUCUCCCCUAGGUUCACCCGUUCAAAGGAGCUGGCUGUCAGGCUUCAUUCUGGGUUUUCGUUGCAUCUUCAAACUCUGCGCAUAGACGGCAGGUUUAUACUUGACAGGCAUGGCGGGAAUCACCGUUUCAGUCACUUCCACUCAGCGAGCGACGGCGAAAGCGAUCCCCGUCAGUCCCAUCACUUCAGCUCCCAUUCUGACCCACCAGCGUGACUUGAUCAAGAGGUCCGACACAGACACAGUCGAAGACAACACUUGUGGAUGGGUUAACGGUGAUCUCAACACUCCUCUUGUGUGUGACUAUCAAGCCUGCCUUUGGUCUCCCGAACUUCAUGCCGUCGGCUGUUGUGCGGACGCUGCCACAACGGAUUGCGCCUGGGUGACCUCGUGUGUGCCCUAUUCCAUGGUGAAUAAUGGCUGUGAUAUGGCGUGUCAAGGGAAUUACCUCAACACUGUUUGCGACGAAGACUAUCCCCUUUGCGCAACGGCGACUUUCGGCGGCCCGGCGGGCUACACCUACCUCAGCUGCACAGACACCAUUGGUACAACGGACACGAUGAUGCUCACGUACUACGGCGGAAACGCAACCAUUGAAAAUUUGCCCCGGUACUUCUCCAGUUAUUGGUACGGGAGCACGGCUACCUCUACCUCGACCUCGACCUCCUCUCCAACCGAGGAUGCCAAUGUUGGUGAUACGAUAUCUUGGCUCUCUGGCCACAAGACCAUCCUCAUCGGAGCUAUCGCCGGCUUUUGCGGGUUAGUCCUCCUCCUGGUGAUUGGUUGCUGUGUCUUGCGCAGCAAAAGGUCCAAGCGAGGCCGGUAUACACCCGCAAAUGCGCAGAUGCCUCCACAGGAGGGAUUCGGGAUGCAUUAUCAAGGCGCGGCGGCAUAUCAGCGGCCUCCUUCGUAUCAUCCCAGUUAUGGGUAUCAACAAGACUAUGUCCAGGCGUACGUGACUCCGAAUAAGUGAGGGAGGACUGUCGCGAGUUUGUUCCAUCUUGAGCUGUCGGAGGUCAGGACUCCUGGGUGUCCUCCUCGAGAGAAGACCCCGCCAUUGUGGAAUGCAUCCUGUGUGGCCCAGAAGGAGGAUCCAAACAAUGCCUCUGGCCCCUCUUCUCCCCGGCUUGAAUUCUUCGGAGUCCUUUUGAAAUCAUUGUCGUCCUGCGUCGAUGGGAGGAGCAAGGGAAAGAUGGUGGUGAGGUUGGUUUGCUUGCCCUUUUAUUCACCAUCUAUAUAUUCAUUCCAUGCCAUGCCAUGCCAUGCCAUAUGUGUUGCGCCUCUUUGGACAGUCUCUCAACGCCGAGAACAUUCCCGUUUCUCG